UGAUAGUGAGUUGUUAUGGGAAGAUAUGGUAGACUUAGAUGAAUACGAAGAAAAAGAUGAUUAUCCAGGACUAUGGCCGGUGACUUAUUUGAAUUCUCAGAUAGUGAAACAUAAGUCUAUCCCAGACCUCUUUGAUUAUUACUACGAAAACGAGGUCCCAAUAGAUAUAGAAUAUAAAAUCGGGUGUUUAGAUAUAGACCAACAGAAUCAAUUACAACUCCUUAUGGAUAGAUACGAGGACAUUUGUGCAAGAA